AUGGGUGAGCCUGGAAGCCACGACAUGGUGAGUAAGGGGUUGCUGUCCGAAGAUGAGGAGGAGAGGAUCAAUACCAUCAACUAUGAUGAUGUGCACAUUGACUUCACUCAAGAUGAGUGGGCUUUGCUAAAUCCUUCCCAGAAGAGUCUCUACAAAGAUGUGAUGCUGGAGACCUACAGGAACCUCACUGCUAUCGGGAUGGAAGAAGCCAUCCUGGAGACAAGCCUUCUGAAUAUACUCAAUGUGUUAAAGCCUUUGCAUGUUACAUUCAUCUUCAAAGGCAUGAAAAUAACCAUUCUGCAGAGAAGCCAUACGAUGGUGUGCAAUAUGAUGAAGCCUUUGCAGGUAUCAGUUGUCUCCAAAUACUUGAAAGAACACAAGCUAGAGAGAAACCCCAUGAAUGUAAUCAAUGCAGAAAACGGACUGCCAUGGGCAGACAGUCCUGACAGGGCAAGGACCGAGGAGUGGGUUUUUAGCCAACAGUUCUACAAAACACGACACCGGAUAUAA